AAGAGAGAAUGAUUGACCUGCGCGUGAUAAAUCGGUUUUUUGUGGUUAUAACUCGGCUCAAAACAGGUAUCGGAGCCAGUUCUAUGGAUAACUUCGACCGGAGUACGUUCUGUGGUCGGACACUAUUUCACUCAUUUCGAAAAACGGUCUUCGUGAAAACCAUGUGCUUAACAUUCUUUUUCAAGAAUCAUCUCCAUUAACAAUUUAUUUUUAAUUAAUUAAUCAACAAAUAUUCGAAAACCCAUAUGGAGUCGAUGGUUUAAACAAGUAUUUUGAGUGAACAAAUUUUUUUUGAAAAUUUUAACAUUUUUUUUUGUGGGUUUAUCGAAAAUAUGGCGUCUUUUGAUGAAUUAGAACUAGAUUGGUCAACACUUUGUGACAAUUCAUCUCGAAACGAAUGGACUUUAACAGAUUUACAUUUAGCGGCUGAAUUAGGAAAAACUUUAUUAGAACGCAAUAAAGAACUUGAAAAUUCGUUGAAGCACCAACAAAACAUUAUCGAAGAUCAAUCCCAAGAAAUUGAGUACUUAACCAAACAAACCGUAGCAUUAAGAGAAGUAAAUGAUUCCCGUUUAAGAAUUUACGAACAGUUAGAAGUAAAUAUUCAAGAUUUAGAGCGAGCUAAUCACCGCUUGGCUGUCGAAAACGCUUCCGAUCGAAAGCACAUAAAAAGUUUAACUUCAAAUAUUGAAACAUUAGAGACAAAAUGCGAACAAUUACAAAGCAACAUCGACGAGUUAACGCUCCAAUUGGAAGUGGAGAGGCGAAAAUCUCAACGAACUCAACAUUUUAUUCAACGUCAAACGUCUUACACUGGAUUUACCACGACCACUAAUAAAAGAAAUGAAUUAAUUGAAGAUGCCACGAAAGGAAAUGAAUCAGAUUCAGAAAAUACACGAAUAAAAAAUGAAGAACGUGUUAUUGGAAAAUCUGAUAAAUGUCAAGAAACUCAAACAACGCCAAAAAAAGAGGAGAACAACGAAGAGGGUAAAGAAUUGGAACAAAUCUCCCAGUUAAUGUCUCAAUUGAGGGAAAAGGAAACGCAAUGUGCUCGGGAUCAAAGAAAAAUAACGGAAGUUGAGGAGCAAUUGGAAAUUAUGCAGGAACAGAAUAAGAUUUUAGAGAGGCAAUUGAGUCAGUACCACAUCAAAGACGAAGAAAUUAAGAGUGUUCAAGACGAAUUGAGUUCUUUGGAGGAAGUUAGAAUGGGACAACUUUGUAGUAAAUGUUUAGGAAACAUGAACGGUGACGACAACAUGUCAUUGAGUGCUUGCGACGAUGACGAUUCCAGCAUGUUUGAAGCAUUAAAUGAGCGUUCACAAUUCCGGACAUCUUAUUCAAUAGACGUCCAGGACUACAACAAAUCGUCAACACCAACGAGUCAAGCAAACAGCACAUUAUACUUAGAUUUAGUUCAAAAAUACCAAGCUUUAUUAGAAGUUCAUCGUAUCCCGAAGAAACAACCUAACCUAUCGUUACAAGAAGAACUCCAAAUGUCGGGGGAAUUCCAAAAUCACCAAAACACGAAAGAUACCGAUGAAGAAAGUGGAAAUUGCGAUUGUAUGAAACGAUCGUCAUCACAAAAACAGCGAAAAACACCGUUUUCACGAACAACCCCAACAGAUUUUUCAGAAGCCGAAACAAGUUCUUCGGGAUUUUGCGAUGAAACAUUUACAAAAGCAACUCAAACGGACGAAAUGAGACUAAAACCUGGAUCAUUUUUAUGUACAAUAGGCGAUGGAAAUGAUUGCAUUCGUAUUUAUGACGAUACAACAUCUCCAAUUGAAAGCCGUUUUAGAAAUCGACCUGAAUAUAGGGAGUUAUUCAAAGAAAUUUUUGGCGUUUUAAAUAAAGCAUCGAAAAAUAAAAGGGAUGAUGAAGGAUUUUUAAUUUUAGAUGAUGAUAACGAAGAGAAAGUUUUAAAAGUUCCACCGGUUACACCAAACGUGGAACAACUUCCUGAUUUCCCCGAUAAUUUAACUGAUGAUACUCAAAGCAUCUUUUCAUCUUCCAGCCAACAAGAAGAAGUUACUUUAAUUGAAAACAACCCGAAAUCGGAAGAAAACCAAGUUGACUCAAAACCACAAUCGCAAACACAACAAAAUGAACCUCAAGAAAGAGUUUUAACACCUUUAAUAAGACCACCGUUGGAAUCUAUAACAGUUCAAGUUAAUGUAAGAAAAAGAUCUUCCUCUAGAAAGAAGAAACCGUACGCGGAACGUUCUGAUUCUCCAGUAACUCAUAUCGUUGGGUCUCCAAAAGUGACUUUUUCGAAUAAAUCAAAUGGAAGGCGUCGAAGGAUGCUGGAAAAUAAAGAUGUUUGGAAAGGAAAUACAGCAAUUUUUUAUAACAGAAGUAUGCAAUCUCCGAGUCCAAAUCCUGAUAGAAUCAACGGUGGAACUUACAAAUAUGAACACGCUUUUGAAUUUAAACCAAGUCCUGCAUCACAAGAACUACAUAAAUUAAAAACAUUGGAAAGAACAUACGCUGAUGUUUUAAGGAAAAAGGAUAAUAACGGACUUUGGAGACGACCCAAUUAAAAGUAUUCAAAAAAGAAAGAAUUAAAAAGAAGCAUUUUUUUUGUAUAUACGGAAAGUAUUUUUAUUCUUCUUUUUAAU